AUGGUUCUCGUUCACGUGAUCAUUUUUCUCUAUGCUUGGCGAUCUGCUAAACGUGUGGCGCCUGCAGCUAAUACUCAAGAAACGCAAGCAGCCUAUCGAAUGGGUUUGAAUGGUAGAGAAAAAAGUCUUCUGAAGCACAUGAUGUUCAUGCUUAUUGUCUAUGUUAUCGGUUGGGUACCCCUUUAUAUUGUUAAAAUAUUCCCCGUAAAUACAUCAACACAAUCUAUAAAAAGUAUGCUGGCGGCUUUACCUAUUGCUAGCUGCUGGAUCAGUAUUACAGAUAUGCUCGUGUAUCAUCAUGAAGUUCGACGAUUUGUUUGGAUGCAUGUAUCUCAUUGGGUCAAAAGAGACGAUCUAUGA